GCCGCGCGCACAAUGAUGACGUCAGAUAGUGAUAAGUGAGUGAUAGGUGAGUGUGUGUCGACGGAGACUAUAGAACGUCACACCGCGCCGGAGAUAGUGGUUGCAUCGUGCGUUCGCUCCUCCUACGUGUGUCGGCGCACCGUUCCGGAGCUGCUGACAUAGCUGACAUUGAGAAUUAUCCGCGAUAAGUGGCCGCACCGCGCGUUCACCGAUGUUGAAAUGAAGCAGAAGCGCGUCAUGUAUGGCGACGCGCGUAGACGGUGCGAGAGACAGACGCAGUUCGCCCCGUACGGGCCCUGCCUACCUGCGGACUAACGAUCAAUGGCUUUAUUCGAGAAGAGAUACACGAAUAAAGUGCUGUUAGAUGACACGGAACAGCUGAUGAGCGUAAUCGAAAAUGCGAGGACCAUCGAUGGACAUACGGAAUACGUUAUAAAAACACAAAGAGGUCCACUUCCUGAAAGAUCUUGGAGAGUCAGCAGACGCUACAAUGAUUUCGUACAGCUCAAUACAGCUUUAUCCAUAUCUGGCUUUGAUCUGCCAUUACCACCAAAAAGAAUUAUUGGUAAUAUGGAACCGGACUUUAUAGCUCAGCGACAAAUAGCACUGCAGAAUUAUCUAAACAUAGUACUAAUGAAUCCUAUACUUGCAUCUUCACUUCCUAUGAAAAGGUUUUUAGACCCUGAGAAUUAUACAGCACCGUUACAUGAAAUUGCACUGCAACAAGUGUCAUUAGCGUUGCGAAGUGAUGCGAAUUAUGAAGUAUGUAAGCCCAUCCCUGAUAUGGGAUGGCGACUAAGAAAACAUUACUACACAGUGAAAAAUCGACAGAAUCCGAAGCAGGAGCUUUUAUUAGCCUGGGUUGAAUUCGGUCCUGAUAAACAUUUGCAAGACAAGGAUAUACAAGGAGUUUUUAAAACUUUAGGUUCUCUACGACACACUUACAUCGAACCGAUGGUACAUCAACAUGUCACGGACAAUGGGGCACUAAUAAUAAGAAAUUUCCAUCCGGCCGGAACUCUACAUGAUAUUCUUUGCGUCACCAAGCCUAAGCAACCGUUCAUAAAGAAAUAUGGAAAUCCGAAACAAAUCAAAUCGUUAAUUACGUCAGAAGUUGCUACGUAUGGUUAUCAGAUAUUGGAGGCUCUAGGAUACCUUCAUGAGAAGGGAUUACCCUACGGACAUUUGCACACUGGUAAUAUACUCUUGACCCAGAGGUGCGCCAAGUUAUUGGACAUAGAAAAUGGAUUGCUCGGAUUGCCAGCAUUUUAUCGGCCUUAUGUAGUGCAGAGGCGCAAGCUACAUGCCACGACCCAAGUUGAUGUGUAUUCAUUCGGGCACGUUUUGUACGAAAUGGCGUUCGGACGGCCACUUUUAGAGGCUACAUGCUCCGAAUUGCCCCAUUGCGAAGCAAAUCUAAAAAAUUUACUGGAAGUGAUCCUGUCGCCGGAAGCUCUGAAACAAGAUUUGCCGAUAGUGGCUCGACUAUUGGAACAUCCAUUUUUCGAAUCGGCAAGGCGCGCCGCGUUAGCUAUCGGCGCCGUGGAAAAGCCACAUUUCAAAUUGAGCAAUCAUUUGAAGGAAGCUUUGCAGGAAGCUGUAAAUAAAGCCGAGCAACGACUGCGCGAUGAACAGAAAGUCGCCCGGCAUCAGAAGAGGUUGGUUAAGGUUCAAGAGAUGAUGAGCUCCGAGGAAGAGAUGAAGAAACGAAAACAUAAAUUGAAGAAAGAGCAGAAAUUGGCGCAAGAACAACGUUCCGCAUCGCAACUGGGUACAAACGGCAUGAAACAAGUGAACGGUAAGAGUCCAGAACGCUCGGACAGCCCGACAAGUACUUCCACGGCUACCAGCGUUGGAACGUUGACUCCUCCGUCGCUUCGUUCCGUAGAAAUUCCGCCAGCAGAUGCAGUUCUUGGCAAAGCCAUUCCACCACCACCUCCUGCGCUGCCAUCGUCGUCUGAAGCAUCUGGUGUUGCGUCGAACAGUGUAUCAAAAUCGACGAACGAGCGCGCUGCUCUGCUCGGUAGCAUCUGCAAUUUCGACAAGACUAGACUGCGAAGGAUCGCGAAUGGACAUCGUUAGAUGCGUUAGGUAAAACAGAUAUGUAAAAAAGAAUCCGCCGCAAGAGAUUGCUGGUGCGAUACAAUUAUAUUACGAACAAAGAACUGCUAAAUUAGAACAGACGAUGUGUACCUAUAGAUUAUUACGUUGGAUUGUAAGGGAUUGUCUGAAUGAUAGCUUCGUCGUGCUUCUCGUGACUCCUAAUGGUACUGAGUAACUUUCAUUUCGAUCGCGAUACUUGUAUUUUACAAACUUUUCAGAUUUCGAUAUAUUAUUCAUAUAGAUGCUCGCGCCACGUAAAUACGUGCGGUUUUGUAGCUUAUCACGAUUAAAUUAAGAGAGUACAAUAUAUCAAAUUUGUGAUAUACAUAUAUACUGGUCCAUUUUAGCGUCUGGCCUACGUUUAUAUGAGAUAUAAUACAAUGCUUGCUUCACCGUGUUAGACCUGCCGUCCAGGAACGAGCCUAAACGAACGGAAACAACCAAUCAAAAUACCAAGAUGCUUUUGAAAAUUUGCCAUUUUAUGAAUCAUCUUAUAUUCUUCCGGUAUAUAUAACUAUACGAGUAUACGAGUUUUAGGAGAUUAGCUAAUUUACAAAGAUAUACUGGAUAAUAUAUAAUAAUUAGGACCAUUCAAUUAUAUAUAUAUUAUCUAGUUAGUAAACCAUGAAGUAAAUCAUGAAAUGAAAAUGACUUUACACGUGGAACGUACGGUAAUUUCUGCUGGGAGCAAUCGGACCCUUUUAGAUUUGUUUUGAUCGUUUACCAUUCGUUUACGACGAAUUAAAAUCAAGCGUGUGUACCAUUUCGAGCAAUCACGUUUUUCUAGUCCAAUACAUAUCCCGGUCUUAUACAACAAUCGAUAGCGCCAUAGAAUUUUACGGAUUUGAUAAUAUACAUAUGUAUAAUUUAAAUGCGAGUCAAGUUUCGCGAUCGAUUUAUAACUUAUUAUUAUUAUUAUUAAUAAUCGCGCGUGGCUCGUUUAUUCUUUUUCUUUCAUGUAUAUAAGUAUAAAAUUUCUCUGGAUACAAAAUGUGAAAAUUAAAGAAAAAGAGUGAUACAACGGGGUGAUAGUACGUAUGCAUAUUAAAUGAAUUUUCUCUCGUUAUACUUAUCUACUGUUCUGUCUAUACAAAGUUUAUGAUAUACAUAAUAUAUAUAAAUAUAUGAACGCAUAUAUAGUUCUCUCGUGCUCGUGUUCGUGCAGUGCAAUGCGAGGAUCGUACGCCGCUUUUGUAUCGCUCGUGAGACAGGAGAAUGUUCAGUUUUACGAAUUAAAAACGUGCCAAGGGAUAUAUGAUCUUCGUAUUGACGGAUAAUAUGAUACACCGGUAGACUAUAGUGUGAUCUAUUUCUAUAUGUCGAGAGAACACAAUCAUAAGUACAUGUCUCGUAUAACGUUUGUCUGUCGAUGCUAUAACGAAAAUUGUAAUAUAACCACCAUACGUUUUAAUACACUUACCACUUGUCUUAAAUACAUAUGACAGCAGUGUGACAUUCUUGUUAAAUAUGACGUUUGGUGUAUAAGAUAUAACAACAACAAAAUGUAUCAAUGAUAAAAUGGAAAUAGAUUAUUGACCAUUCGGUCAAUCUGCCGUAAUCUGCCGUUCGGGUUCACUGCAUCAACCACAUCCAUUUUCAGAAAUUAAAAGAAAAAAUACAUCAAGAUUUUAUUACAUUAUGAAAUUUUAUAUUAAACAAAAUUCCAUCUACACGUAUGCGUACAACACUAUAUGACAUUGCCGCAAUCCAAUAUUUCAUAUGUGCGACUACAUAAGAUUGUUUAAAAUUGUUGUUGAUCCAAUGAACUCAAACGACAGGUUACAGAAUUAGCAUUUACCGGCAAGAAAAACACUAUUCUUUUAUGGUUAUAAUUCUGUUUAUGCACAUAGUAAUAAAAAUUUUAGAACCAAUGGAUACCAAACUCUUAGAGUCCUUCGAGAAUAGCGUACUUCCGAUAUGUUAUUUUAGAUUUCACCUUGUAGAGAGUCACAACAGCUUACGUAUUUGUACAAACAAUUAGUGUAUAUAGCAUGCAAAAGCUGUAUAAGGAUCUUAUGUAUUCUAGGAAAGGGAACAAAUUUUAUGUUUUCUGAUAAUAAGAGAAACGUCGAAACAGUGGUCAAACAAACAAGACGAUUUUAUUUCAUGAUGAAAGAAACGCUAUUUUAAUACCUAAUAAUAUAUUCAACAAGAAUAUAUAAUAUCUAUAUAAAUUUAUCACGUUCAGGUAGCCCAGAAUUUUGAUAGCAGCCCGUGUUAUACUUAUAGUAUAAAAGUAUGUAUAUUAACAAUAUGCGCAUAUACGCACGGGAACGCAUGUAGACACGCGAUUGUCAUCGUGACAGUUGUUGCAACCUAAAUAUAUUGCAAUAAAUAUUCAAAAACGAAAAAAAAAAAA